AUGGAAAUUGUUGCUUACAAAGGAAAACAAAAACAACCUAGCAAGUUCCAGCAAAUCAAUUCUCUAAUCAAGAUUAAGCAAGACAAUCCCAAACUAAAACAAAUCUUUUCCCAAGUCUUACAGAAUAUUCCUAAACAACGAAAAAAAAAAGAAAAUCCCAAAGCAGGUUUGCCUCAACCCAAACCCCUCCAUCGUUAUAAUUCUUUUACUUAUCCCCAACAUGGUUUUAAAAUUGAAAAGGGUCAACUGGUUCUCUCCCGAGGUAGAGGUUAUCCCAAUCUAAAAAUCAAUAUUCGUUUACAUACUCAAAAGAAAAGACCAUUGCCAAAAGAAAUUGAAACUUGUUCUAUUUUUAGAAAGAAUGUAAAAACAAAAGAACCUUUGACUUUGGAACAAUUAAGAACAGGUAAACAUUUAAGUUUAGAUAUGGGUUUAGAAAACUUUUACACCACUAAUGAAGGAUACAAAGAACCUAUUCCUCAAUUCUAUCGAAAGGCAGAAAAACAGUUAGUUAAAUUACAAAGAAUAGCCGACCACAAGCAACAUAAAAGAGUUAAAGGAGACAAGACUAAACCAAGCCAAAGAUAUUUAAGAGCCAAACUGAAAAUAAGCAAAUUUCACGAGAAAAUUGUUAACAAAAGAGACGAUUUUGUUUUUAAGAAAGUGAAAGAAUUAAGGGAUAAUUAUGAUUUCAUUGCUAUUGAGAAGUUAAACCCAAAAAAAAUGAUUGAGCGUCGAGAUAAAUACAAAGGGUUAUCUAAAAAUAUAAAUGCUGCAAAAAACAUUCUUUUUCAAGCUCAACAAGAAACAUUCGGAGCGGGAACCGUCUCCGUUAGGCAAGAACCUGGCUAUCAGCCUCUUUGCUAG